AAUUUACUGGCAUGAUUCCCACUCAUCUCCAUCUUCCGUGCAUGGGACGAUUGGCAAGCUGCAGAAAUGAAAUCCUCAAACUCCCCGGCAGAAUCUCGUCGUCUCCUUGAUAUUGUUCCGUCAAUAAGACCAUCGUUUCUUUCUGUUGUAUUAGUUUUCGUUUGCGGAUGUCUCUGGGUGAAGAAUGAAACAACAAACGAACGACUGAUAGCGCUGGAAUCUCGCGUUAACCUUUUCCCCUGCGUUCAGAGUGUCUCGACUGAAAAUACUGACAGGAUAUCUCUUUCACCGACAGAAGCUACAACAAGAGAUCUUUAUAAGAAGGUUCAGACACAUGUAUCCGAAAGGAUCGGUUAUACAUCAGGUAAGAUCUUCACUUCAGAUGUUAUUUAGAUGCAGAUACAUGUUUAGAACUGAGUUUAUCCUCUUUUGAUUUAGGUAUAAUCUUUCAUGGGGUGAGUUUGCGCUUACAUACGGGAUCUUUGGAUAUUGCAUAAGAUAACUGAAUUUUUAACUUCAACUAACACUGUAUAAACCCUUUUGCAACACUCUCGCUCUUUUGUAAUACUGCUUAGAUAUUCACUAAGCCACCUAUACUGGUAAAACCAUAAAGACAUUUACGGUGUAAAUGAUGUUUAAUUCAUAGCUUAAGUGUCGAACGACUUGCUCACGUACAAGAUAUGUGGUCAAUACCCAGGGGGGUCAGUACUCCUUUAUAUAAGCCAUAUCGCUAUGUCCCGCCACAAAGGGUGUAGUUCUUGGGCCUUAGUGGUCUGAAAACGGGUAAAAACGUGGGUCAUUUUGUUCCGGAAUCGGCUUUGGUUUUCGAGGAAACUACUGCCGCGUAUGCAUGAACGUACUUAUCGUUUUGGUUCCACAUGAAUAAGAACGAAAUAGAAAUAUGUGAAUUCGAAAUGCGUUUGAAGAAUGUUUUUGUUUGCGCUCUAAUCUAAGUAAUAAUGACGCAAUUCUGUCUAAAAGCCAGGUCUGAAAACGGGUGUGGAAAAUUGGUGUGAAAUAGCACUGUCUGAAUAAAAUUGUUAGGGUAGCGUAAAAUUUGAGAGAUGUGCCUCUAGACUGAGUUCGGUUAAGGAGUCUAGGGCCUGCCGGCGUACUUGAUAAAACCUUUGGUAACUUCGAUAGGGUGGCAAGAUUGAAAGUGCGUUUAUUGAACGGUCUCAGUUGGUUUGAAAUGUGUGCAUAGAUCUAGAAAUCUAGAAUGUCAGCUUGGCUUUCCCUUAGAAGCAACAAGGGAAGAGGCGUGAGGACAAAUUAAAAAGUUGGUUGCAAUGUGUUCACCUUGUUGUAGAACGCAACCUCUAAAACGUUAACUUUAUGUCAGAAAUGUCAACCUUAUCGUUCAUUCCGUUCAUUCGUUCGUUUUCUACCUUAUACGUUUUGUAAUAUCAAUCACUGCAUGGAUACUAAAAAAUUCUUAAUCUUACUUGAUUGCAGUCAGCCCGUUGUCAUUAGAGGCAUCAGCAACCAUCAGGUUAAGAAAGCGAAGAAACGUUUUGAACGACACUUCAACUGGCAUCACCAUACAUGAAGUGAGAAAAGAAAUCAGCAAACAGUUUGAACAACUUAUGCCCACCAAGUACUGUAAGUCAAGUGAGAAGGUGUGUCCUGCAGGACCCCCCGGAUAUCCUGGUCCCAUUGGAGCGAGGGGACCAAAGGGAAAGAAAGGUCCUCAAGGUCCCAUGGGACCUCCUGGAAAAUCCGGAAAAACAGGAAUAACGGGUCCCGCAGGACCGAGAGGAGAAAAGGGAAACAACGGAGAGCCUGGGCCAAAAGGCAUGCCGGGACCACCUGGAAGGCCGGGAAAAUCGAUAUCUGCUCCACAAGUGAUGUUGUCACCAGCAGAGCAGACACGAGAUGAGGGAGGAAAUACGGCAUUUUAUUGCACGCUCGCCGGAAAUCCUUCCCCAGUCGAGGAAUGGCAUUUUAAGGGCAGAAAACUUCUGUCGGGUGCAAAGUAUUUGAUUAAAGAAGGAGAGUUGAUAGUUAAAAAUCUGAAUUACAGUGAUGCUGGGCCGUACACAUGUGUUGCUAGGAACAUUCUUGGAUCGUCCGAGGCCACUGGUAACUUGUCUGUUCGAGGUGAGAGAAGCAAUUCUUUCUUGAGGUUUGUUGUAUAACUGACAGGCCGUUAAAUUUUGUUUGUUAUAUCAGUAUGAUAUGUUACAUGUUCUUGCAAGGUAAUAAGUUUGCGAGAAUUGAACGACGCAUAAACAUCUCAAGAAAACUAUAAGAUGUGAAGGCACACAUGCUGAACAUCAUCCUCGCCUGAUCUUUAUUUUGACACGCUUUUGAGAAUCCGGUUAAGGCUUUAGUAGCCGUCAAACUACGACUUCUUGAAAAAACCCUUUAACAGAUUUGCCAGCUAAUAACUAAUUGGUUUCACCGCUCCCUCCUUCUUUUCUGUUAUGCAAAUGAAGAUUUUUUGAACAAAGUUUCCCGGAAAAGAAAACGCCUAAUUUGUCAUUUUUCUCAGUUGAAAUCUUGCCGUUCUCCGGAGGGUACUUCUUCUAAUGUCCUGUACAGAGAGGCUCCUUCCGAAAGGAGAACUAUUUUGAGGCUUCAGGUAUAAGAAAGGGUUGGUGUUUUACUAGUUGAAGUACAUAAUAGUGUAGGGAAAUCUGUCAUUUCGGUCUCUAAGAAGAUCUAAAAGGGCUAGCGGAAGGAUUUUAUGGCUGUGAAAAAGUCGAGAAAUUUUUCUGCCUUUGUGAUUUAUUUAUAUUUUUAAGACAGUGCGUUGAUCUCCCUUCAUGCAAAGUUCUAAACUACGCAUGUGAAAGGGGCACCUUUUCUGUUGAAAAUUACAUAUAGUGUUGGACCUCGGGGCUGAGCCUCCAAGUACGAAACGUGCGGAAAGAGAGUCAAAAAACAAGAUUUCAUCCACGGUUAACUGUUAUUUUUUCUGCUUUUUUAACGCGCGCGUUGUCGGGUUAUUUAGUUGAACUUUUCUCCGGACCGAGUUGGCUUUACCCUUUCGGUGCUGACUCUCUUUCCAGGUCUGUUCACUGUGCCCCUGAUGAGAAUGACAGACCUUCUGAGCGGACUAAAAUUUUUAAUAUAACAUCAGUCUAUGUUCCCGUCUAUGUUAGUGAGCUCCCUAGAACUUAAUAACAGUGUAACAUAGCUAUUAUAUUUAUCUAUUUAGUUCUAGUACCAUAGCUAAAUGAGUAUUUACCACUAACUUAAUGCUAUGCAUUCUUAUUAAAAAAUAACUAACGUAUUUGUGGCUAUUCUUCUCGCAGCUGCAUGUAGUUUACGCUCAAUGAACUGGUGUGUAGUCAUUGAACUACUGGUGUGGUUAUUGAUCUGUUGUGUACUUAUUGAACUGCUGUGUCGUUAUUGAACUAACAAAAAGGAAAUCUCACCUCAUGCAAAGUUCUAAACUACGUAUGUGAAAGGGGCACCUUUUCUGUUGAAAAUUACAUAUCAUUAUGGUGUUAGACCUCGGGGCUGAGCCUCCAAGUACAAAACUGUGUUGAGUACCCUUUUCCCCUCCCCGUCUUUCCCGAUGUCGUCCAAGUAGUUUUAGUAUGUAAACCUGAUAAUUAUUUUUUCAGGUCUUCCAAUAUUCACAAAAGUUCCACCUUUACUUGCUGCACCGGUACAAGGCACUACAUUCCAAGUAACCUGUAAAGCUGAAGGCUAUCCUCCUCCCGUAGUAACCUGGACUAGAGUAGGAAUGCCUUUACCUGCUGGAAAAACGAAAAUAAACCAAGGCACACUUACCAUUAACAACUUGAUUCCUGCCGACAACGGUUUAUACGACUGUGUAGCUACUAACAUCAUGGGAACAAAGAAAACUAGGGUCAACGUGGCAGUGCAGCGUAGCUCAGCUGCAGGUUUGUCUUAGGCUGUAAGGUCCGCACAGACAUAAAUUAAACAUUUAGGAACAUAAACAUCAGGCCGCAGUUGUUCAAAAGUUGGAUGGCGCUAUCCAUCGGAUAAAUCACUUUCCAGUGGAUAAGUAUUAGGGAAACCAAUUGCACUAUCCACUGGAUAGAGAUUUAUCCGCUGGAUAGCGCUAUCCACGUUUUGCCUAAACUGACGCCUGGUGACCUUUGUUACAGGUCACAGAGAUCGCAAGACCAAGGGUUCCUGAAUCCUGUUUUAGACAACUUUAAUAGGCUUAGCUGACUCAGACUACAGUGUAUACUUAAGUGGAAUGUAAAACAUAUAGGACCGCCGUUGGUGAUGGCCUUUUAUUCAUUGUUAAAAAGCAGUGUCGUUGUUAAAGGCUGAAUCGAAUAUGCUCGUGCAGCAAUUGUUUAAAGGGAAAGAAGGAGGGAAGCCUAUACUCGAGUUUAAGUAUAAAUCCUAAAAUUUGCUCUCCAGAAAAUAAAGUGACUUUUGCUACCUAGCCUCUAGUCACUCGCAAUGUUACACUUGAUAAAGGAUUCAUUUGAUGCCGAAUUUUUAAAUAGCUCUACUUGGCUUCAACAGAGUCAGGGGCACCCAACGACAAUUUUCGGAAAAUAUCUGUUCGGAAGACGAUUGGAGAUCUAGAAUUUUCGGAACAUUUGUUGUAAAAUUUCUUGCUUGCCUGCUUCUGCUAGGAUUUUCGAACAUCUAAAAAAUGGUAUAAUUGCCAAUUUUUAACGGAUUUUUACGCUAAAAAGGUCACCUAGAAUUUUCGGGAGCCGUUUUUCUGGCUGGAAUUUUCGAAAAGUAAGUUUUGAUCCCUAUAAUUUUCGGGUCACUAGACUUUCAGCUAGGAAAUCCGAACAGAUGAAAAACCUUUAGGGGAUAAAAACAUGCCUAUAUCUACCGUUUCAAUACUAAAAUACGUUUAACAAUGCUAUGUUUAUAAUAAGUGGUUUUGAACUAUAUUCUCGUUGGGUGCCCCUGCAGAGUUCUUUUGUCAAAAAGGAAAAGUCGAAUUUUUUUCCCCAGGUUUGCACGACUCUGUUAUCGUGGGAAACAACAAAAAUCACUUAACCUCGUUAAGCAACUGCCUUGCACCUGUCACAAAAAGCGUCAAUUCUCUCUGGAAGCGCUGCUGGCGUGCAUCCGUAGACGGCUGGGCUGCGAGUACAUUUCACUUACGAUGUGACAGCAAGGGCCCGACUGUGACAAUAAUAAGGGUCGGGAGAUAUAUUUUCGGAGGAUACGCAAGUAUGUCAUGGGGUAAGUGAGCAUUGUAAGCCAUGGCAGUGGCAUCUAUACCUUUGACGUAAUCAGUUAGCAUUGAUAUGUUCAGCUAAAAGUGCAGCUUGGUACUUAGCAAUAUGGAAUCAUGUGACUCUACCUUUCAUACAUGGUUAAGCAGUGGCGGACAAAGGUUCUAGGUUAAUAGCUCUAGAUGCGGGCCCAUUUCCCGUCGUUCCUCAAGGGGCGAGGACCGCCCCUCCUUCACUCACAUGGAGUGAAUGAGCGCCCCCCCACCCCUCUUCUCAAGUUCUGAUUCUGCAGAUGAUAAGUGAUGCAUUUCUAGCCUGUCAAAACGGGUCCAAAUUCCAGGCUAACACUAUUACAAUAAUAAUUUUUAGGUUAUAAAGUAUCGAUAUUGUUCUGACUUUCUUGCCACCCUGCUAUCUUCCAUCCUUCAAUUCCCAUAUUGCAAAAGAUGCGAAUAACGUACUACAUCGCAAGUUUUUGGUGAAAUUCGCAAAUUUUGGCAAAGAAAAAACACGCUCUCUUGACAUGUCCACGUACGUAAUACACCAAGACGAAGGUUCAUUUCACCCAUCAAACUUUCGUAAUUUUGCCUAAGCGAAAUGUUCCGAAGAGGAUUCUUGUCUUCGGAUUCGAACGAACUUAAUAAACUGAAAUGGGUGACAGAAAUACAUGAUGUUUUAUACCUUUUCAAGGAUAAAGGCUCCUAAAACUCUUUAUUAUCUGUUUCCUUCAUUGUCUUCUUAAUACAGUACCCUUAAAAUCAAACGAAGUAUUAAUUUACCAAUAAAAGUGUAUUGCGACAUGCACCAGUUCAUAUAAAAACGAAGCUUCUAGCUUCGGUAAGUGGUAAAAAAAGACAAAAACAGAUAAAUUUGGAGAUUUGCUCCAUAAAGUUAUAAAAGAACCUAUCUUAGUAAUUACUAUUUUUUUUCCCCAGAUCUAUUGCUUGUAAUUGCAAAUCUUUUAAAAAUAACAUCUCCCACAGGCCAGCACCUUAGCCUCGGUGAGCUUGCAGCCACAUAAAACUUUCUCCUGAGCGGACGAACCACGGUUGCCAUGAGUAUAGCUGUAUCUUUUACCAAAAUACCUGAACGUAAAUAAUAAUGCAAUAAAAUAAUAUUCAUACUAAUGAUAAUGAUGAUGAUGAUGAUGAUGAUGAUGAUGAUGAUGGAUGAUGAUGAUGAUGAUGAUGAUGAUAAUAAUAAUAGUAAUAUUGAUAAUGAUAAUGAUCAUAAUAAAGAAGACACAGAAACUGAUUUCGUUUUUGAUAAAUGACGAACGUUACUGAGAAACUCUAUCGAAUUUGUUUUAUGAGAAUUAAAGGUAUUUACUGUUUUUAAUUAAUGUAAUAAUAAUAAUCAUCGUCAUCAUUAUGACAGGCACAAGGACAAUGUCGCUAACUUGUCUUAGAAAAGUUUUGUUUCAUUUCUUUUAGCUUCUAGUUCUGGCCGGUUUCAAUACGACUCAAAAGCCUUCUUAUUUUCGCUGGUAAACAAGCCAGGAUGGGCGCCUGUCAAAUUGUCUCAGUCAGGGCAAUAUAGCUCUUACAGAUGGUCCAUACACUUUUACUCAUCCUAUGGGCCUACAUUCGGAGGAGGACAUGACAUUUACAUCAGAGACUACGCGUCAUCUAAUAGCUAUUCUUACAGCAACCUUGGCUGGACUUACAGCCCACCGAGCGGAUACAGCUACGGUAGCACCUUCGCCAAAACAUUCCUGGCAGGAACUUACCAGUUCACACCAGACGAAGUUGAAACCUUUUACGAAACAACCUAAUUAAUAUAAUGCGUGACACCGGCUUUCAUAUUUGAGCUGAGUUGAUUGUACAAGUAGACACUUAAAGGUGAACGACUCUACAGCACUAAGCAAGCCCCUUAUAUCUAAAUCACAACACAAUCAGUAGAACGUAUACUACAACAUUUUACAAACAAACGAAAAAUAGAAUAGUCAAAAAGAGAAAUGAUUUUGAUAUCUCUAACUGGUCCAACUGCUCUGAUUAUAAAUGGCUGAUAAAAGCGUGUUAUAAAGUAUCUCCGAAGCUGUUCACAGUACCGCGUAGGACUUAACCCAACCCUAAUCUUUUUUCACUUGGGUGUUCGAGUCUAGCUGGGGAUAGCUAUAUUGUCAUCUGUCAGAAAACAGUUACAUCCUUAUCUUGAGGGCAAAGAAAUCUCAGCUUCCGAGUAAACAAAGUUGUAAAAAAAAAGCAGUACAGUGAUAUUUUACUGAACCAGGCUGUCCUCACUGGCGGUUUGUAACUGUGGCUUGGCCUUCAUAAGAAUUAUAAUAAUCCAUAAGGAAACUUAAGAGUCUUAAGAGAUAACACUGAUCAAAGUUUGGUUUUAGUCGGUCCGCGUGCAUAAUGCCGGAUACCACUAUAUAAAUAUUAGUAAACGUCCGUCUUCGAGUGGCUGUGAAAGAAAACGAUCGUCAAACUACAAAAAUGAAAACCGUAAACUCUUCCAAAUCUCAACGAGUCCUUGAGUUUGUUCCGUCAAUUAGACCAUCGUUCCUUUCGGUGGUAUUAGUUUUAGUUUGCGGAUGUCUCUGGGUGAAAAAUGAAGCAACCAACGAACGACUGAUUUCACUGGAAUCUCGUAUUUACUGUGUUCCUUGC